CAUCCUUCUGCGACUGUGUGGCCGCGUUGUGAUUGGACGGCGGCGAUGACGCCGCUGGGCUGCGCCGAGCGGUGAGGUGGACGGAGAUGAUCGGAGACUUUCUGCUGUUCGGCACCUUGCUGAUGAAUGCAGGAGCUGUGCUGAACUUCAAACUAAAGAGAAAAGAACUGCAGGGUUUUGGAGAAGAUGGGAGAGAGCUGACUACAGGUGAUAACAUAAGAGAAUUCCUGUUGAGUCUGCGCUACUUCCGGAUCUUCAUCGCCCUGUGGAAUAUCUUCAUGAUGUUCUGUAUGAUUGUGCUCUUUGGAUCUUGAAAUCUAUCAAUCUAUGGAAAUGAAGGGGACCUGGGACCUUCUGGAAUUGGAUUAUUUGUCAAUUCUUUACAUUCUUGAUAAUAAUUUUUACAUUUGUUCAACCCUGAAGUUCAGGCAAGUGUUUUUCAACACUUACAAUCAUGUCUGAAGUCCAGUUCUCCAACAGCGGCUAGUAACGGAUAGAUGCCAAAAGGCAUAUCUAUCCAGGAUUUUCCCAUCCUCCCUGAACAGAUCAGGACGUUACCCAGGCAUGCAAGAGUAGGGUCACUGUUAAAUAUUAAUUUUGUUCUCUUUUGGGUUCACUCCAGAUACAAACUGAUACAGAUCUAAAAUGCCAGUCCCAGACAUACUGUGGAAAUUUGCCAAUAGAAAAAUAUUUUGAUUAAAAUUAUGCUGAAUGUUUAAGUAAAUUGCCCCUUUCUUGUCAAAUUGUUCUUUACUUGAGAAAUUAUUUUUUAAACAGAAUAUUGUAAUAGGAUUGAAGUGUUUUAUGCAGCUAACUGGUGCUAACAGCUCGAACAGGUAUAAAUGUGGACCAUGCGAUCACAUGUGAGCUGUAUACAUCAUAAGCGUAAGCAAGUUGGUGUGGAAAGUACUGUGCAUACCAGUAUCACUGACUAUUUAGUUCAAAAACAGUAGCUGACCCGCAGGGCUGUGUAAACUCGAGAGAUAUGAUUCUUCUUUUUUAAGCAAUGUUAAUCUAUGCUGAUCUGUAAUUUGCACAUAGUAAAUCCUUUCUCAGUUCCAUAUCUAGUACACUGUUUUUGUUUUUAAGACAUUCUGUGCAAUGAGAACAGAAAGAAAAUAAAUGUGAUAGACGAAUCAUAAUAAAUGUUGAAUACAUGAAAAGGAAAUUUGUUUCAGUUUGAUUUUAAAUUUAAAUUUAUUUUAAUGGGCUAUCCACAGUUAAUCUGCUUCACAUUAAUUCUAAUCAUGAUUGACUACCCCUUGUACAGAUUAUUUGUCACCAAAACAGUAAUGAUGGCUUUGUUUAAAUCAUUUGGUACGUACAAAAUAUUCAUGUCCCUUUUUAUCUCCAAUCGCCUGGGUUCAAAGCCACAUUCAAGAUUAGUAUCCAUUUGGCUUCUCAUCAGUGACGGAAGUUUCCCUUUUUUCCCAAGUACUUAAGGCUAUAGUUACAUAUUUUCUGGUUGACCAGUGAUCUGUGCUGCUUUUUUGUCAAGGUACUUAUGGUUUUCCCCUAACUUGGAUUUUUGUACCCAAAAGCGACAGUCUAGUUCCAGUGAACUUUGUAAAGUAAAUUGAAUAACAUUACCAUGUCUCAUAAGGACACAUGGUGCCCUGCAAUGGGCAGGGCACCAUGCAGGCAAAAAACAUGGUGCCCUGCAAUGAUGUUUGAGCAUUAAGUAUUGCUGUUCCAUGAUCAUUAUUAAAGAAGCAGCCCGAUAACUGGGAGAAAUAGCAAUUGCACAUGCUCUAUCUGCUAUUGCAGUGAUAAUUUGUGGUUGAGAUUUGGAUACAAAUGAAGAGGAGAUGAAAUUAAAUCAGACGGGGAUGGGUAUGAAAUUGCUAAUAUUCACUGUGACCAUAGAUUGUAUUAUAGCAAACUGGCUGUAAUGUGCUGUCACUGAUAAACCUUCUAUCACUGGUCUGUUGCCUGAAUCACUGAUUUUCAUUUAGUCUUAUAAAUUUGUAAAUAAUAUAUAGAUUUUGCUUCAUCACUUCUGAUACUUCAUGUUCACACAACAUUGCAGUGUACUGUAAUCUGGUGUCUGUUCACAAAACCAUGAUUAAACCAUUUAUUAACCACA